GCACCGUCACGUAAUUUAGUAAAUUUUUGCAAUUUUUCCGCUUUCCCAGUCGUCGCAUCAUGUAGGACGAUAGCUGGGUGAAUUGCCCUUUUGAUUCAAAGCGGCCCGAAAUUCGGGGGGACCGCCCAUCUUCUAGAACAAUCUCUGAAAAUUUCUCCCCCAUCACGCAGUCUCGCGAGGGUCGACCGUCGUGUCUCCUCUCACUGACUCACUUUGGAUGUCAGUCUUGUCUGAGAGUUUGUGCGUAGCAGACGUGGAUUUGGUUUUCGCAAGAAUCGCAGGAUAAUAGUGCACAUUGCAAAGUUUCCAUCAUGAGGAUGCCGAUUCAGGCGCCGCAGUGGACUGAAUUCCUCACCUGCCCCGUGUGCUGCAAUGAGUUUGACCCUGCAGCCAGGGGCCCCAUCAGUCUGGGGUGUGGGCACACCGUUUGCAGGUCGUGCCUCUUCACCCUGCACAGAAAACAGUGCCCCUUCGACCAGUACAACAUAAGUUCGGAGUUGGAGAAUCUGCCCAUCAAUCAUGCAAUUCUCCAACUGCUUGGGGCUCCUUUACCUGACAAUGAUUUCAAUGGAAAUGUUAAACACCUCAAUUCUGAAGACCUCGGUUGCUACAGAAGAGCAAAAAAAUGCAUCGAGGACAUGGCCCUCUAUCUGAAGCCCUUCCCAGGAGGCACAACAAAUGCGCUGUCGCGACCCAUGCAGAAAAAGUUGGUCACUUUGAUAAACUGCCAGCUUCUUGAAGAAGAGGGUCGAACCAGAGCAAUGCGUGCAGCCCGCUCCUUGGGAGAGAGGUCGGUCACAGAAUUGAUUCUGCAUCAUCAAAACCCUCAGCAGUUGUCGGCCAAUCUAUGGGCAGCAGUAAGAGCUAGAGGAUGUCAGUUCCUUGGACCAGCCAUGCAAGAAGAGGUCCUUCGAUUGGUCUUGUUGGCGCUAGAGGACGGCUCGGCACUUUCCAGGAAAGUUCUGGUGAUGUUUGUAGUUCAGCGCCUUGAGCCUCACUUCCCACAGGCCUCUAAAACAAGCAUCGGCCAUGUUGUCCAGCUUCUCUAUCGAGCGUCUUGUUUCAAAGUGUCAAAGCGCGAGGGUGAUUCGUCACUUAUGCAAUUGAAGGAAGAGUUUCGUAAUUAUGAAGCACUGCGUCGGGAGCAUGAUGCGCAAAUUGUGCAGAUCGCCACUGAGGCAGGUCUGCGAAUUGCCCCCGACCAGUGGUCGUCGCUCCUUUAUGGUGACGCAGCCCACAAAUCGCACAUGCAGAGCAUCAUGGACAAGCUGCAGACGCCCCAAUCCUUCUCUCAAUCUGUCCAAGAGCUCAUGAUUGCCCUUCAAAGGACUGGAGACCCGGGAGGACUUCUCGGAGGGUUGAGGAACAGCUUGGAACUACUAGCUGCUAUUGAUCCCUGCUGCAAUCCCACAGAAACUACCGGAGCGCCCACAUGGCUCGAGCUGGCAGGUGCUCUAGAGGCUGCUCGCACAGUUGGCGCAGGUCUCGUCAGGUUCCUUGCUCAGCAUGGGGGCAUGACUCGCAAACCUAGCGACGGCUCCAUGGGUAUGAACGUUGGCUCCAGAUACAAGGUCAGCAUGUGCCGUGACCUUGUCACAAGAGGUGUGUGCCCUCGCACCAUAAACUGCACUUUUGCUCACUCGGAAGAAGAGCUAGAAAGGUAUAGGGCCAAAAAUCGCAAAUCUUCUCCCCGAGCGGCUGGACAUAAGAUGGACGGCCUCAAGGAGAAAGGACUGUAUCAAUCCCCUGAAAAUCACAUUUUCUCUCCCAACUCUGCAAGAGAUGGUUUCAUGCCUAUGCCUGGUGUUGGGUCCUCUCUGGGCAUUGCAGUUCCGCGCUCCACGGUGGAAUGUGGCCCAUACAGUUCCACUUACCCCCCGGGCCCACAGCAGCAGUUUCAGCCAAGUGGCCAGGCCUACCAGCCGGCCUCCUCUAAGUACCCUGUAGACUUCAGCAGCACAAGUAGCGUUUUUGGCGGCACAGCCGGCCAGAUGUACACCCAAGGGCAGACUGACUUUUUACAGAGAAGUCCCAUGCUGGGUGAUGUAGCUCCACUCGACAUUCACUACAGACAUUAUGUUCCCAGAUCGGAUACUAGGAGCAAGUUGGCUUCUUUGAAACAAAGGCGUCAUGAAAUUCUUUCUCAGAUUGAGAAAAUGGUCGGUCAUGAUAAUUCUGACGCCCCUAGCCCCUCUUUGAUGCCGCUCUCAGCUCAGACUAAUUCUGAAUUGACUGCUUUUUCUAUUUGGGCCAACAACAAGACUGGACAGGAUUACCGAGACAGUGUUAAUCGUUACGGCCCCAUUUCUCCCAGCAUCCACCGCCCUCUGCAAAGCACGACAUCUCUUGUGGAUGUGAAACGUGGCAACCAAUGGUAUUAUCAGCAGCCACAAGAAGGAGUUGUUGGUGGCAUUCAGCGUCAAUCCAUUUCUCCGGAGAAUCAAAUGAUGCCCAACUAUAUUGACCCUCUCUCCAUUAUGCUGCAAACUCCCAGUCCUGAGCAACACACUCCUGUGAAAUCUGGCUUCAUCGACAAUCCGAGAAAAAUGCAGGAGCAAAUACGAUCAUUGGAGAAGAAGAUCAACGAUCUGAGAUUUGCCUACGGGAAUGAGGAAGGCGAACGCCUGGCUCAGGAACUGCGGCAAAUCGAACAUAGCAUCAUCCAGCAGGAGCAAGAAUUGAAAAUGAAGGAGGAGGAAGACAGCUAUGAGCGUCAUUUGGUUGAUGACAUGCGGGAGUUUGCUCUCCGUUGGGAGUCUGAACUAGAACAAGAGGAAAAACGUUGGAGCAGCGAGGAAGAACACUCUGCAGGACGACCUUAACGGUAGUUUUUGGAUAGUUUUUAAUCUUUAUCCACUGCAUUGCUUACCCAAACAUUUUUUUAUCGUUGCCAAUUUUUUUAUUUGUCCUUAACAAUACGUCAAAGUUGACUGUGGCAACAAAAGUAAAUCAGGUCAAUUAAAUUUUUUGAUGCUGACGUAGGCGAUCGCCUGUUUUUGCGCUGUUCUUUUUGAAACCACUGUCGAAUCAGUCAUAUAGAUAGGUGUAUAUUUGUGCACAUACACACCACUAAACUUGAAAUGCGUACAUACAUUGAUACUUAAGAUGGUGUAGAUUAAUAAUUUUUGGGCACGGCAAGCCCUCUUGCCCUUCCCUAUUAUCUGCUUAGCUAAUAGCAUGUUUAUAAUUAUUAAUGUUGGUUAUUGUUGUAAAUAUCAAGCAUUAUCCCCUAAGCCUAAGUGUUAAAACAUGAUUUAUCACUCCUAGAAGCGUGACAAGCUUCCUCACUUUAUUUUUAUUUUAAAUUCUGCUUAAUUUAUUCAGUGAUCACAUUGUGCUGUGUAUUUUCAAAAAAUUAUUAUGUGUGUAUAUGAACACUGGUUACAGAGUCAUCUCAUCAUAUAGCUUCUAAAAGCUGAUUUUCACACUGCUUUUUCUUUUCCUCCAGACGGGUGCAAAUCAUUUUGAAAAUGGAACAGCUAUCAGCCAUCUAUUUUUGAAAGUUAUUUUUAUACUGUCAAGAAAAAAAGAACUUUUGCAGAAUUUUAUAAAUUUGCAGAACAAGAACAAAUAAGUCAUAAUCAUCAAUGGAAAAGUAGUUUAACUUGCUGCAUUAAUAUUUUACUUAACCAAAACUGAAUCAAAAUUCGAAAUUUAUGUCAACGCAAUAAAGUAAUGAUCAGUGGCUUGGUACCCGUUAGCCUUAUCUCUGUUAAUUUGCAACUUACUGUGCAUAGAUGGCUGAGGCUCUUUACGAUUAGCCGAAAAAGUUAGCGACAUUACUAAAUGAUAGCGAGUAAUAUUUUACUACAUAGGAGAGUAAUGUGGUUUCAUUUUGAGACUGUAUUCUACACUAAAUGAAGAAUAAAAACACUGUUAGACUGAAGCCUAUUCAAAUUGAAUGUACGGUAAAAUGGGACAUAUAAUUUGUACAUGCUGUAAAAACACAAUGUGUGACACUCAAUAUUGUUUUAUUUAAAUUAUUAUUUCAACUUUUUGUUUCACUGAAAACUACUCUUAAAAAUGCCGAUGAUUGAUAAUGAUGAUUGUACUUUGAAAAUAAGAUGAAACUUAUCUGCAAGACUCAUUAAUUCUUCUUUAAUUUUUUUACUGAAACUUUGAGAAAGCAUGUUGCGCAUGUUUAUCGAGAUGAGAAUUGUAUCGAUUAUAUUAAUCUAUAUUUAAAUGUGUAUUAUUCUACGGUGGAAUCAAGCAGAAUUAUCAUGUAAUUUAAUAAAUCUGUUUUUAUUUAUUAAAUAAAAUAUAA